UUAACACUGUCCUUUCAAUCUGAUUCUCCCUAACGAGAAGUUAAUGAGGCAGAUGCCAAAGUCACUCAUCGCUCAUUUUCCGGGAUGAUGGCACCAGCUUGACGCCAUCGGCCGAAGCCCUCCGGUGCCUCAAGAAAUGUUGCCGACACCAAGGCCAAACCUUUGGCCUUCAAGUCCCAAAAAGAGAUGUUCGAGAAGAUGGAGGAGUCUUUUAAAAUCUGCGCCUGCUGUGAGAAGCGGCCAAACCAGCUCCCAGACCCACAGAGCCUGAAGCGCUGUGCCAGAUGUUUGAACGUUUACUACUGCUGUAAGGACUGUCAGAAAACUGACUGGCCGAAGCACAAGAAGUUCUGCUCACAGCUGCGCCUCGCCGCCAUCGACAGGGUCGUGGAGUGGCUCGUUUACAAAGGAGACCUGCCGUUCCCCACAGGAAAAUGGUCAAAGCCCCAGUCGGAGGUCAAAGGUUGGGACGACUGGCUCGCCAUGCAGGGAGAUCUCACAGCGCGACUGGAUCCCAUCUUAAACGGAACGAACAUGAGAGACUUGUGGGCGGACGCCGGCCGGCCCCGACCCGACGACGGCGACCUGAGGCAGUCGCUGUGGAGGGUUUGCAGCGAGUUCUUCUCCCGGCCGCUCACGAUCGCCUGGGGGAUGCGGCUGUUCGGCCUGCAGCCCCUCGCCAGACCCCUCACCGUCCACCUGGUGGGAGCGGGCCAGAGCGAGACGCUGGCGGCCCGGCUGAGCGACUACGACGAGCUGAACAACAUGUUCCCGGGACACCAGGGCGUCGAGGUCGUCAUGGUGGGACCGGAGGUGGCGAGCGGCCCCGUGCUGAGGCCCCCCCUCAGGGCGUUCGGCCCCAGGCAGAGGGUCUUCCUCAGCGGCUACAGGGGCCUCUACCAUCAGUUCUGGGAGGAGCUGGUGGAGAAAGAGGAAGCCGCCAAGCCGGACCUCGUGAUUGGAUUUCAUCCCGGGUUCGAUGCGAGUCAAGGCCUCGGUGAGGGCUGGCUUCCAACACUGCUGCUCCUCAGGGAUUAUGAGAUUCCUUCUCUUUUCACGGCUCUCAAUGAGACUGAGAUGACGUAUUCCCUGCAAAUCCUGCUGGAGCUGGAGAUGGACAUGAAGGGCAGCGGAGCCAAUCCGUUUGCGUCGCUGAAGCCAGAGGUGGUGGGCUCGUCUCUGAACAAAACCCCCGUCUACUGCAACUCCCACUACUUCUGUUUCCAGGGGCUGCUGGAGUCUGUGGAGUUUGAGGACCCAGAGGACGCCUAACCAAAUGACAUGUGACUUCAGGACUGUGUUUUGCUUUUUAGACUGGAAGCUCAUGUUUUGUUUUGUUUUUUUAAGUGCUUUAUUAAUUCUCAUAAAACUUCUCUGUUUUGCUACUUUUUUAAGCUGUUUCUGUCAUUAGAAUAGUAUCACCAUCAGUUUCCUUGUUGAGUACAUGUGUGAGCUUUUGAUAUUUGCAUUUUUUUAUCUCAGACUUCCAGAAGUAUGAAAAUUGAAUUCACUGUCUGUGAGCUAUUUCAACUAAAUCUAGUUGUAAAAGUAAAAUAAAUGAGUUAAUAUUUGUAAAAGUCUGCUGGUGCAUUUCAGUACAAAUGAUCUAAAUGCUGGG